AGCACCUCCGACAUUCAUUAUCCACCUCACUCGCCCACACGUGCCGCGUUCCGGACGUUGACAACUCAAAUCGAGCGCCCAGAGCGUAUCAACGUCCAACACAGAUGUCCGGAGCGCCAGGCGCAACGGUCCACGUGUCCUCGCGGUCGACGCCAGGACGACGACGGCGUCGAUGUCUUGAAGGCCAGGACGCUCUUCAGGAAUGGAAGCCGAGAGAAAAUCUUUCUCAGUGUCGCUUUCAUGCAUUGGGUUGACUGACUGGCACGAGAAUCUGCGAGAGCCCACUUCUGACACUUCAAUUUGAUCGUCGAGGUCGAUUUCCUGGGCGGCGCUGCCCGUCUGAAGUCUACGGCUACUUGCUUCAGUCCACGAGUGUAGUUGCUGUUGCUAAUUCGGUUUACCGUUGAUCUAGAUGAAGGAAAGCCCAGGUUCUGGAAGGAGAAAGCUGUCUCAGGCAACAGAGACAGAUAGUGGAGGCAAGGACGCUCUGUCACCAAAAUCUUUGGAAAAAGAUGUGACAAAAGUGGAAGCUGGAGUGAGCGAUGAGGAACCGAUAGAAGUGAAGUGUAUCGGAGAAGUUAUCAAGCGUUCCAACAAAGGAAAGGCUGAACGCAAGCAUUAUGGAGCUUUUGAGGUCGAGAAUACUCGUUAUGCCCUGGAGGAGUCAGUUCUUGUCGCUCCAGCUGAGUCGGGACAAAAGCCAUAUGUUGCCAUCAUCAAGGAGAUCAAGCAGGCGAAAGACGGAACUGUUGCUGUGACAGGUCAGUGGUUCUAUCGACCAGAGGAGGCGGAAAAAAAAGGUGGAGGCUCAUGGACCUCAUCUGACUCCCGUGAGCUUUUCUACAGCUUCCACAGAGAUGAAGUUCCAGCAGAAUCAGUCAUGCAUAAGUGUGUUGUUCAUUUUAUCCCUCCCCAAAAAAAACCUCCAAUCCGGACGAAGCACCCUGGGUUCAUUGUGCAGCAGGUGUAUGAUACAGUGGAAAAGAAGUUAUGGAAGUUGACAGACAAAGAUUACGAAGAUUCUAAACAAAGAGAAAUUGAUCUUCUUGUCCAAAAAACAAGAGAUGCUCUGGGAGAACUUCCGAACAUUGACGGUGAAGAGGCUGCGCAAAUUAUUGACCAAGAAGAAGCAGAGAAGACUAGACGUCACAGUCGUCGGAGGAUGGUCCCUCAUCUGAGUAUCAACAAAGACGACUCAGGAGAAAUUGUAGCGAAAAGUUCACCUGUUGAAAUAACAACCAAGGCUGAUGCUCCUCCAAGUGCAAAAAUUGAUACUCCGUCUAGCUGUAAAACUCCAAAUGCAGGAUUUCCUUCGGAUAUAGCUGAACUACUUCAUGCUAACAAUGUACUAACCGGACAGACAGCGCGAGACCGGUGGCUCGAAAAGAUUACAAGUACCUUGAAGAGCGUGUUUGACGCUUCUGAGCAAUCAGAUACGCCGAUGAAGGUCCCUGAAACAGAUAAUAGCACCCCCAAAGUAGAUACUCCUCUAGACACAAAUGACGUGAAAACCUCAGAACCGACCAACGGCGAGGGAGAGCAGAAGUUGAAAAAGGAUAUGGUUGACGGCGUCAUUGUUUGGCCAGAAUCGGCCAUCUCUGCAGCGAGUGCUUUGGAAAAAUUUGCUCAUGAGUUUCAUGAUACAGAUCACCACAAGUACAACUUGAAAAUGCGCCAGCUAGAUUUCAAUCUUAAGAGGAGUCCAUGCUUGGUACGGAGAGUGCUGAAUAAAGAACUAGAGCCGGGUAUAGUAUUUCACAUGACUCCUGUCGAGUUGAAGGAUGGACUUACCGCAGCAGAGAAAAAAGCCAGAGAGCCCGCUGAGCUGCAAACACUGCAGAUGACGGAUGCACGCUGUGGUAUUUGCGGGGAGCGCGAAGUAGGUGUCAAGGACAUCAUACAAGUUGGAUACGGUGAUAGAUAUCAGCUGGAAUGUCUCAAGUGCGGACACUCAUGGUAUGCAUCGAGAGAUUCUGUGUCUUCAUUGACAACAGGACCUGCUGAUAUUGUAAACGCUAGUCCUACAGUUGGCCUAGCACCCUGGGCAACCUUGAAGUUUGAGGAGGUGGAGAAAGAGUUGAUCAGUCCUAAGGGAGAGGCAGAGAAACCUCCAGGAGCACAAGAAGCCCUGUCCACGCUUGAUUCAAAGAAAGAGGGAGACGAGACACGGGCCCCCGUAUCACAUUACCAGGACGUGGAGAACAGCCUAACAGAACACAUAAAUUUACCAGCACACAUGCCAUCUAACGAUCAUAGCAAAGUGGAGGAUCAAGUAGAGAAGAAAGCAGCAUCUGAGACAGAGAUCAACCCUACAAAAGAGAAGGUGGACGUGCCAGCAGCGGCCCACACCAUGGACGUUGUCAAGUCCAAGGAAGAACAAAAAGCUGAGAUUGAUAGUAGUGUUGAACGGACGCCAACUUCAAUCACCGCUGACAAAGUUGCAAGCGAAGCAGCAAAAGCUGAUGUAUUUGCCAAGUGAUCACGAGCAUUAACAGUGGUUACUGGUAUAUCCGAAGCUGCCGCCACUUUUGGAACAAAGCACUCUUGAUACUGUAAAGGUGAAGUAAGGGUGGAAAGAUGUCCGUGUGUGACACUAGACUUUUGACAUGAUACGAGAAAAUUAUUUUUCUCUCCUGACAUUUAGCAUGCAGGACCUUCCACUUGGUUUGGACUCUGCUCAGUUGUAUCAAUUUGUACAGCUUAUUGUUUAUAAGGGUCUUGAAAAAGGACUUCACGCAGCACGUACAUCUCGUUCGAAGUCACUUCGGUCUGCCUCAACGCAAGCUCGUUGACACGGCUUACUAAGGAUUGUAUUCAGGUAUGCUCGUUCCAGGUCCAGCUGUAUUUUAUCCACAAUUCGCACUCCUAUGCCUCAGCAUGAACAUACUUGUCAAGAAACGUGAGGGGACUACAGCCUGGGAGGAUGGGCAGAUAUGUAAAAUGAGAAGUUCUCGAUUGAAUUUAAAGUGGAAGGCCAAAUGCAGUGAUUAAGUUCUGCCAGCGAAACGUAGCGUGAGGAGACGAUUUUCGCCUAUAUCCGUCUUUUGUUAGUCUUUAAAGGAAGAACAAUAAUGACGUAGUGCGAUCAUUAUUUUGUCAGCAUCUACGCUAAUGGUGAGAACUGUCUAAGCGUAUGCGAUUAUAACAACGAAGAUGUCAAGGCAACGAGAGUACACAUUUUAUGUUUGUUGUUUUUAUGGUGAUUAUUAUGUGUGCAGAUUAUUGUCGAU